GUUCUUGAUGUAAAUGGUUCAUUGGUAUCGUCGGAUGAAAUUAAUAAUUACGUUUUAACAAAGAUAAAGAAUGGCGGAACAGAUAGUCAAAUCGACGUCGACAACGUCUACUUAAUUCCGCAUUCUUCGAAACCUGUUAAUGAAUAUUUUAACCCGAAACUAUUAGCACGUCGAGGUGCUGGGGUUUUUGAUUUUGUGGCAAAUUCAAAACAUACGUAG